AUGGAGCUUGUACUCGUCCUGCUGCUGGCUGCCACAACUGCGUCUGGGUGUGGUGUACCCAGUUACCAACCCAACACCGGCCGCGUGGUGAACGGUGAGGAGGCCCGUCCAUACAGCUGGCCAUGGCAGGUUUCUUUGGAGUCCUUCUUCCCCACUUGUGGAGCAACACUUAUCGCCCCCGACUGGGUGUUGACUGCUGCACACUGCAUCACGUUCCACACGUACAGGGUGGUUCUUGCUGAGCACGACAUGAACAAGGAGGAGGGCCCUGAACAGUCCAUCAUGGUGGCAAAAAUGUUCAUCCAUCCCAAAUGGGACGACAACUGUGUGUCUUGCGGCAGCACUCUACAUAAUGAAAUAGACUCAAAGCGACUGCCGUGUUCAUUUCUUUGUUUCACCCUGUUGCACAGGAAUGACAUCGCUCUGCUCAAACUGGAAAAGAGUGCUGUCAUCAACGACAAGGUUCAGCUGGCCUGCCUGCCACAGCAAGAUGCUGCUCUCAGCCACAACCAGCCCUGCUACGUCACAGGCUGGGGUCGUCUCUACUCUGGCGGCCCUGCGGCAACGACGCUGCAGCAGGCCCUGCUCCCUGUGGUGGAUCACAGCGUCUGCAGUCAAAGUGACUGGUGGGGUAGCUCAGCCAAGACCACGAUGGUCUGCGCAGGAGGAGAAAGCAAGUCAGCGUGCCAUGGCGACUCUGGAGGCCCUCUGAACUGUAAGGGCAGAGACGGCAAAUGGUACGUCGAAGGAGUGACCAGUUUUGUGGACGGACGCGGAUGCAACACCCCUAAAAAGCCCACAAUGUUCACCCGUGUGGCCUCUUUCAUCCCCUGGAUCAACGAUGUCCCAAAACUGAAGAGGUUUUGA